GUAACGCGUCGAGCGCCAUCGUGGGAGGGUGACCUUUUUUUCCUCGUCGUUCGCGCACACUUGGCGCCAAAUCGGAGGAAAGAGGAGCAGUUCCCGCGUGGUUCCUCGCUCGCGUAGCGCGUGUCUUUAAUUAAUACAGUCGCCUGGCUGACUCGACCUUGGUCGAUCGGGAUGGAUGAGCGCGAAAUUGUACGCUAGAGCAAAGUGCUGAGAGAGAACGCGUCGUCAUGGGUACCGUGUGUUGUGCCCCGCGGGUGUAGAGUGCGAUUGGACGAGGGAGAUAAAGAAAGGGGGAUAGAGCGAAGCUGAGAAAGAACCGAGGAUACAGAAUACGUGUGGGUUAAACCGCGACCCCCGCUGAGGCGAAGGAGAAACGGAGGAGCCGUAAAGAGAGGCGGAGAAAGAAUAGAGGCGCACACGGAGACGAUAAUGCGGAGUCGUUGCUUCCGUCUUCAGCGACAAGACGACGUUCGGAUCUGCUCGUAAUCGAGCGGGAAGAUCUAAACCGUCAGAAAUGACGCGAAGAAGAACAUUUAUCUUCGCAUUGGGAGUAUGCAUAGGUACUUUACUGCUACUCUUCGAUAGUGCGGUGGCGGAAGUUACGGAAGCAUCGAUUGCAUCCGAGAAAUCUGAGUCUCAAAAAGCAUCGAGUUCCCACGAAUCUACGACGAUCCUAACAAGAGUCUCUUCGAUCCAUCAAAAUCGAUCAUUUGUAGAAGGCGAUGAAAGAAAUAUCGAGUCGACAAAUCGAAAAGCUCAUGACGCAGAGUAUAAAUUACACGAUAGUGUUAUCGACAUCGCAAAUCGGGAAAUAAAAGACGACGUGCUAGCACCUAAGAGUUUGCACGUGGAAAAAUCGAGCGAUGAAUACGAAAAUUUAGCUGAUGGAGGCAGGAAGCCGAGAUACGGAGAAAUUACUGUUGAAAGCUCCGGAAAAAGCACCAGUACGAAAGUUGUCUCCGAAGAUCUCCUUAGACUCUCUAGGAAGAACGAAUUAACUGCAGCGACUGCGAAACCAGCUUUCGAUGAUUCAAAGGAGAGUAAGAACACAGAGAAUGUCGCGUUUCAAGAAACUUCCAAUCAAAAAAUAUCCAAUGCGACCACGAGCAUGUCUCCAAACACGAAGGAAAGAAUUGUCGAUGGUAAGUCAUUUACAAAUAUUAUGGAAACUUCAGAAUCUGAAGAGACGGAGAAGGAAUCUUUUAUGAAGUAUGACGAAAAGAAUAACGUAACUGCAAACAAACAAGAGAUAUUAACCGUCAAGUCUAUCGGAGAUUUCUUCUCGACGACUUCAAAAUCAAUAUUUGAGGACGCCGUUAGAUCCGACGAAAAGGACAAAAUUAUAAAGCUUGAUCAUAAGGAAGUUGUCCCGAAAAAGGAUAAAAAUACCUUGACUGACUUGAAAGAAGUGGAGGAUCAUACAACGGAGGCUCGUGAUCGAGAAUUAAUUACGGUGCAUGAUGAAAAUUUCACAGGAUUUAAGAAAAAUGCGAACAAUGCGCUAGGGACGACGGCAUCUGAGGUGCUCGAUUUAGAAAAGGUUGAUGAGAAGGUGCAUGAGGGAACCGUCUCAUUAGUUAACGACACAUACGUGAACGAUUAUUUAUAUAAGACUUCAACAGAGAAGAAUUCCGAAGCUGGCCCAGGAAACAAUUCGAUUAAUGCGAAUAAAUCGCCCGAGAAGGACAAUCCGAAAGAAGAAGUGGAGAUCGUUAGAAACGUGACUCAUACACCCGCAUUGAAAAUUGUGACAAUCACCAACAAUACUGCGAAGAACGAUUCUGACAUUAAUGAAGUGAAUGAUCAGGAAGGAGCCCUUUAUAUCAAGAAGAAAGGGGAGACUAGCGCGAAAGAUGAGAAUCAUCGUGAGCAAAGCAUAGACUUCUCCAUUUCCAACGUAACUACUAAGAGUAUAGAUGGUUUGGAAGAAUGGAAAUCGAUAGGAGAACCCGAGAGUCAGGUGAAGUUGCCCGAAACAACGACUCAGAGCGUACGACUUGAAGAGCGUUCCUCGUUCAUUCCCGAAACUACUCCUAAUUUAGUUCCGCAAGGCAGAACUAUCGGAUUUUCCGGUGCUAACAAGUUUUCGAAUAACGAGGCGAAAUCUACAGUUUCGAUGAGAACCGAUGGAGAUGGGAGAUCAUCGGUCACCCAGAGCCUGCAAAACAAAACAGAAAAAAUAGAUCAAAAACCUUAUCCGUAUUUGAAAUCCAGCAGGGAAUCGUCUCGGGUGACAACGGAGGCUAGUUUAAAACUGAAGAAGGAAGCCGGUGACGUUACGGAGGAAACUUCCGCUUACGAGAACACGAUCGGUAGAGGAGAAUCCGAAAAGAAGCUCGUCGUCACGGAACCCUCGGUCGUAAUCGAGAACAGCAUCCAACAGCACAAGUCGAACAAGAAGAAUGUGAACGACUCUACGAAUUCUACGACAAAGAGCCUCUCGUCUUCGACGGCGAUCCCAAUCGUCUCGGCUGAUGUUGGACCAACGAACGAAACUUUUCCAGAAGGAUUUAAUGGCAGCGCGAAGGCCGCGGAAAUGAAACGCUCGAAGUCGAACGAUAAUGACACGCCAGGUGCAAAAGAGGAGGAGAAAGUGAUUGUAAGUAAAGACGAAGGCUACGACGUGACUGGAAAUGGAAUAACGGAAGUGAGCCUGGCUCCGGAUAGCAAGGAAGUGAAAUCACAUUCCAGCGAAGCGACGGAAUCGUCAACAUUGCGUUCUACGGAAACAAAUACGUCCAAACCUCUGCCUCUGAAUACCGACGUUCAGAUGGAGCCGGAAGAAGCUAUGAUGAUUCGUUCGACUUUCGUCGUUACCGAAUCUACGAGUGUGCCUCCUUUAGACAAGAACGCAACGACGGAAGCGAAUAAAUUCAAAAAUUCGACGACGUCGGCAGCGGAGGUCAAUACGAGCGUCACGAUGCUUCUCGAAAAUUCUACGGAAUCGGCCUCGAAGACGAAUGUCACGUUAUUAUCCUCUUCGAAUGCUAAUUACACCACUGAAUCUCCCUCUGCUACUUUAAAUCCCGACGAAUCCUCAAUUCCGACGACUACAUCCAUUGAAUACGAGUUCAUCAGUCUAACGGAGGCGAUUUCUACGGGAAACGCGACCGGGAGAAACGUCACAGAAACCGUCGAGGAACAAACGAUGCCUUCGAGGACGACGACGAUUAAAUAUUCGUCUGUGAUGAACAAUUCGACUGAGAAUGCGGCCACCACGAUGAAACUAGAGGAAUCCACCGAACUUCCGAUGACGACCGAAGAGGGAACUCCAACGACGAAUCAAGUGUCGGAUGUGCACUUGAGCGUGGAUAACGAAACUACCAAAGAGCCUCCAGUUAUACAGACUAUUUCGGAGAGUCAAAGUAAUCGCACGGAGUUCACAAAGAAUGAAGUUACUGUAAGCGUUAUCGAUUUCACCAGCGCCGCUAAUGCCACGAGAGCCUCCGGCGUUACCGAGAAUCCUUCAGAGUCUAAGGAUUCAAGUUUCGAUGCGAACAUCACCGAGACGUCCGCCCCAGGCGCGACGGAACUUCCGGGCGUCAGGACAACGACGAACGUCACAAAGCGUCCUUCGACUACGAGUACUUUGGAGCCGAUAGUACUCUGGAGUACAGUGGGUUUCACGGAAUCACCCGAGGAAGAGAUAACGGAAAGUAUUCAGUCCCUCUCACCGGAUGAGAUCACAUUGCUCGUUAAAAUAGUUGUUGAGGGCACUUUACAAGAGGUCUGUCUUCGAUUGCUUGACUUGAGGAAAGCGCUUGCGGAUGUCCUUAAAGAAGGAUUGGACAAGCCUGUGCAACCGCAACAAAUUAUCAUCCAUCAGAACCCUUGCUCCGACCAAACCUUGUCACCGACUCCCGCAGAGAUUUCCCUAACAACCAUUCUGGUUUACGUUGUCGAUGAGGACGGCAAGUUCGACGCCGCCAUGACAAAGAGUCUACCAAGUUUGUACAAGGGGUCUCCCAGCUUCCCAUUAAAAGUGGUUCAUUCUUUCCAGAUACACAAGCUUCUUCUGGUACCGGAAGCGGACUCCGGAAACGCAAUAGCGGUCGUCGUGGUCUCCUCCGUGGCUUUCAUUUGCCUGAUUCUCUUAGCUGGCCUUCUGUUUAUAAUGAGAAAGAGGCAAACGAGGUUCAAUUACGGAGAACGGUGCCGACCAGUAUCCUUGGACGCCUACAGCCUCGACAGCGUUUCGGCGUACAAUAGCGUAAGGCGCAAAGGUGCGGCAAGAUCCUCCAAGAGAAGUUACGGCAAUCCAACUUUCGAAGAUUCGAGCGCCAUUCCCUCCCAUCCCCUCAACUUCGCCGGGCUUUCAUCUUUCUGUAACGACGUUAACGCAAUCAACGAGGAGUUCGCGGGCAUACCCCAGGUUUCGGCGAAGAUAGACGAGCUACCCCCGGGCGCUGAGGUGAAGAAUAGAUAUGCGAACGUAAUACCGCUUCCGGAGACAAGGGUGCCGUUACAGAGGCUGAACAAUGAUGCUUUGACUGAGUACAUCAACGCUAGUUACGUGCGGGGUCCUAAGAACGCUACGAAGUAUUAUAUCGCGUGCCAAGCGCCAUUAGAGUCGACCGUUACAGACUUUUGGCGAAUGAUUUGGGAGCAACAGAGCAAGGUGAUUAUCAUGCUGACCGAUCUCAUCGAAAAUGAAGUGGAAAAAUGUACGGAGUACAUUCCACCUUCGGAGGUGACAGAUUGUCAUCGACUUUACGGUGACUUCCAAGUCACUCUGAAGAAGCGAGAAGCUAAGGAGAAGUACGCUAUCUCUACACUUCACUUGAAGAACCUGGAGAACAACACAUUCCGAGAAGUAUUCCACAUCUGGUACCUAUGGCCAGUGAAUGGCGUCCAAUCGGACGGUACAGGCCUAAUAGCGGUGCUCCUCGAGGCGAGAGCACUCCAACGAGGUGGUCCUGGGCCCAUCGUAGUCCAUUGUAGUUCUGGCACAGGACGCACUGGCACGCUAAUAGCCCUCGACCUAGGAAUUAGACAAUAUGAAAUUACGAGGACCGUGGACGUGCCAAGGGUCAUUUACACUAUCAGGAGAGACCGGGCUGGCUCAGUUCAGACCAAGGAGCAAUAUGCUUUCAUAUACAAGGCAUUAAACUUGUAUGCAACAAAACUCGCCGGCGGCGUGCUAGAGUCAACGUGAAGAACAAGUUUUGUGAAGAUUUGCGGAAAAUAGAUAUCACUUGACGAAGAUCAACUCUUUGGUUAGCACAUAGUGCAUGGAUGUGAGAUCGGAAGAAACCUUUAUCUAAAAAGGUUUUCAUAUACGGAUAGAUAAGUGCGCGAAUUGCUAACUGAAAGAAGUAAACUACAAAGAUGCCAAAUGUUGUCUGAUUUAAGAAGAGAGGUAUUCUGUUGCUCUUAAGAAAAAAAAGGACUUUGUUGAAUGCAGCUAUAAGACAAGUGGUCACGAAAUAGAUAUAAAACAGGAUGAAUGUGUAUUUUGUUAGAACGUUGGAUGUUACGUAAUGACACGUCAGAUUGGGACGAUUGUUGGAGGAAUUUAAAUGUUACCUAAGGUACAGCGUGAAAUUAGUUUGUGAUAUGUGAAUUCUUAUAUUACUUGUAAGUUUGCUGAUAUUGAUGCAAUUUAUUUCACUGCUGAUUUGUGAUUUUGUCGACGCAGAAUUUUAGGGAUUUCCAAAGACCUCUCUUCUCUGCGAGAAGUAUUCGCUACUUUUUCUAAGUAGAGCAAGAUAGAACAAUUCAGAUAUAUUUAGAUUAAUUUAUAUAUACACAAAUUAUACAAUACAUUAAAUGUAUUAAAUUUGCGUACGUAUAAUAUUUUCUAGAAUGAAAAAUUUUUUGCGAAAAUAAAUAAAAUCCAACUUUUACUAUUAUUUAUUAAUCGAUAUUCGAUUAGAUUUGAAAGACGAAUUUCAUUUCAAAUUUUUUAAACAACGGUACUAUUUUUAGACAUUCUUAAAAUUAAUAAGAUAUUAUGUUGAUAUUAUUAGCUCGGUGUGACUUGCAAUGUAUGAAAUAUCGAAACUGGAGGAGAGACGAGUUUGGCAAAAAUUUUAAUAUUGAGAUUAAUAAAUUUGUUAAUUAUUUUUAUUAAAAAUUUUAUAUAAUAUGAUGUGAUCACAUCGCUUUCAGAAAAUUUAAGAAUAUUUUGAAAUAAUAUUUCAGAAUUGAUUAAUGUUAUUUUAAAUGGGUAUUUCCAUUUAGAAAUAAAUUUUUACGUCAAAUUUCAUAAAUCUUAAAAAAAAUUAAAUAUACCAAUUUGAUUUAAUGAAUAUAUUUACUUAUGUUUUAAUUAUAUUUAUAAAUUUUUAAAUUUCUGUUACUUAAUAAUUUUGAUGUUAAAAAGUUUUUUAUUUUGUAAUAAAAUACACACACGUACCUUAUUUUAAAAAAUACUUUUUGACAGCAUAUGUAAAAGAUAUUUAAAGAUUUUGAUUGAUCUAAAACAGAAAAAAAUUUUUGUCGCUAUUGUUUAUACAACAAAAUUAUGGCAUUUUAGAAAAUAAAGUUUAAAAUUUGUUUUUCUCAUCGAAAAAGAAGUAAUUUUUAAUAUUUUGAUUUAAAUUUGAAAGACACGAUAAAAAAUACUUUUUAAACAUGCAUGCAAAAAUACAAAUCGAUCAGUUGUGUAUUAAUGAAUAUCCUUGUAAAUGUAAAGGCGUGAUCGCUUAUAUAUAAUCAUUUAACACAACAGUCGUUCCUUUUGUAUCUGUAAUAAUACCCAGGCAGAAUGAUUUUUGACUUUUUCUCAAAUAAGAUAUUUUAUUGUUGUUAUUGUUAUUAUUGUUGUUAUCAUUGUACAGAAUAUAUCUCAAUUCCGUGGCGCGUCGCUCUCUAUAAUUGUAAAUAUGUAGAAUGUGAACGAUUAUUUCGACAAUUGCGUUGAUUAAUCGACUUCAGAGAUUUUAUUUAUAUAUAGAAAUCGUCAAACAUCGAUUUCUAGGCCGAGAAUUACCUGCGUUUAUUUGGUGAGCCUAAUUGUACGGACUUGAAGCGAAUGUCCGUCCACAAGUGCAAUAUACCAAGUGUAUUUAAAAAUUAGUAUAUAGUUAUAUUGUACAUAGUUAUUAAAAGAAUGUUCAGUCUGGAUUAUAUUCCCUACAAUUAGGGCGAGACGUGAUAAAAAGAGAAAGAUUAAUUUUAAUUUUUUGAAUGCAAGUUAAUUAUUAAAUAAUUAAUUAACAAUCCAGUGAAUUUAUUUAUCUGAAUUUAUUGCAAAUUAAUUUUAAUUAUUCGACUCUUCGGUGAUGCUGGAAGAUACCUCACGUAAGCUAAAAUUUCAUUACUCUAUUUAAUUUAAUGAAUGGGUAUUUAGAUGUGUCAUUCGUGUUUACGAUCAAUCGCUGUAUCCUCAAAAAGGAAUAUGAUAAUAUUAUAAUCAGAAAACAUCACAGAGUUAAUCUCUAAAACGAGUGUGUAGCGAAACACACACACACACACACACAUGUCAGAUUUAUGUCAAAGAGAGGGAGAGAGAGAGAGAGAGAGAGAGAGAGAGAGAGAGAGAGAAAGAGAGAUGCAUUUUAUGUCUUUCAAAUAUUAUACAAAUGGCGAAUUGUAUGAAUAACAUGAUAUGAUCAAUACAUUGUAUUACCCAUUAUUAUAUAAGAAAUAAUACCACAAUAUUACUAAUUAGUGAUUAUGACGGCCGUAUCUGCGAUCGUGUAUUGUGAUUUAUAACUGCAAUUAUCGACUGAUGUGAAAAUAAAAGUAGUUAUGUAAAAGUGUCCGAUAAUAUUGUAAUAUUAAUGGAUUUCGGAAAUUUGAAAAUUGAUAGAUUAGCAUCAUGUUGUAUCUAGAAUCUAUAACAUAGCAGAAUUUACAGGUGAUAUUUAUUCAAUUCUUGAAGAAAUACAUAUCUUGGACCAUGAUUAUAUAUAUGAUAAUAUAUAUUGUAAUAUUAUAUAGAAAAAUAUCGAAAUUUUAUGUACACGGUAUUUAUCGGUAUGUACCAAGCCAAGUCGAGACGUAAGCUUACAACUAUAAGUUUAUAUCUUGAAAUCGUUAACUUAUGUCUCUAAAUAUACAAAUUAUAUUCAAUGAAUAAGUUUAUGGCGUUGAUUACGAUUCUUAUAUCUUAUUUAAUAAUAAAAUAUCUAAAUAAAUGAUAUCAUAUUGCAAUUA